GGAUGGCGAAUUACAGUCAUUAUUCGAUAAUUUUUCGUUUAAUAUAAUUGAAAUGUUAACAGAAAUUGUUGAUAUUACGGUAAUCGAAAAUGAUAAUUAUCCACAAAAUAUUUGCACAAAUUGUUUGGAUAAAUUAUAUUCAGCGUACAAUUUUAAACAGCAAUGUCAAGAAACUCGAAAAAAAUUUGAAGAGUAUUUAAAUAAUUUGGAUACGAAAGACGAUUUCGAGAGCAUUCACGAAGAAAAGUAUUUUAUAGCGAACGAGGAUAUCGAAUUGUCGAAUAAUUUCGAAGAAGAUGAAAAGGAAAAAGUUAUUAAAACAAAGAAAAAAAUUGUAAGGAAAAAGCGAAUGUGUAAAAUAUGUAACCAAAGUGUAACGAAAUUAUAUGAACACAUGCGAUCUCAUACGAAUGAAAAACCGUACAAAUGUGAAACAUGUCUCAAAGAAUUUUCACUCAGUUCGAAUUAUAAACGACAUUUACGAAGUCAUUCCGGUGAAAAACCAUACGCUUGUAAUCUUUGUGAUCGUAGUUUUACACGAAAAUACGCUUUGAAAGAACAUAUUCGGGCUCAUGAAAUGUAUCCGAAUGAAGACGGUGCGAAAUUAUCGAAUCGCGAACGACCGUUUUUAUGUAGUAUUUGUGGUAAAGGUUUUGCACAACGUGCAGCUUUACAAGUGCAUAUAAAUGUUCACACCGGCGCACGACCUUAUAAGUGUAAACUAUGUGAAAAAUCAUUUUCACAAAGUGCUGCGCUAAGUACACAUCAACUAACGCACUCCGGUGAGAAACGUUAUAAAUGUUCGUUUUGUGAAAAACAAUUUACACAUCGGACUACAUGCACGUCCCAUGAAUUAAUUCACACGGGGGGUAAACCAUAUAAAUGUGAGAUUUGUGAGCAAAGUUUUCGACAACAUCAUCAUUUAAAAGUGCAUACGCGCACCCACAGUGGGGACAAACCACAUCAAUGUAAUAUUUGUGAAAAACAAUUUUCGUUAAAGAGUAAUUUAACGGUACAUGUGCGUACCCAUACGGGGGAAACACCAUACUUGUGUUCGAUCUGUUGUAAAGGAUUUUAUGAUUCGAGUAGUUUAAAGAAACAUAAGAAAAAACAUUUAUUAACGGAAAAUGAUAACGGGCAAAUCAUAAAAAAGGAAAACUCGUUUGAAUUGCCUUUAAUGGUGUCUUUAACGUGAAAAGUGUGUUUUU